CACUUCACCUUCUUUUCAUCGCUGCCUCCCUCUCUCCACAUUCCCGAAAACCAACCUACUACCAGUGGCACUGAACAACCCCGACUCACCAUCACCAUCACAUGGAAGCCAGAAAGAAACCCCCCGUAAUCAUCGUCUGGGAAUGGGACUGGGACGACGGCCCACUCGCAACCCACUACCUCUGCGGCGAUAACGAAAUCGACUUCGGCGCGGUGUGGAAACAAAUCAAGACCCUAAAAAAUCACGCUGGCCGUGGGAAACUGCACUUCAUCUUUAAUCCCCUGAGCCGCCGUACAACCCCCGCCCUCAUCGAAUGCACCCCCUCAUUCAUCCAGACAUUCUUCAGCGCCGCCGCCAAACUCCUCGACUACUUCGCCGACUUCUUCCUCCACGACUCGGAAUCCAUGCGCCGCAUGUGGUGGAACCUCGUCAAGCACCUGCAGAAAGCGGCCGUCCUGCCCCACCACUUCUGGAGAGACGAUGUCCUCUGCUGCAAACACUCCGAGGACUUCACAGAUACAUAUGAAGCCAUCCUGGUCCUGCUCAAUCGCGUCAUCCUCGCUCGCGACCCGGCGGCCAAGCUCGACUUGAUCGCCCACCGAGACUUAUUCUCGCCCAGGCCUAGCUACAAAGUCGGCAAAUUCAAGCCUGGCCUGACACACUGGCAGCAGUUCUUCCUCAAGGAUAGUCCAGGGUUUAAAGUCGCGGUGGGGGAGAGGAAAUAUGUUGGCGAGCCGCUUCGGAUUGAGGAUAAGAUGUGCGAGAGACAUGUUCCUAUGGGCGCGUUGGCGGUCGUGGAUAAGCACGUCAAGCGGGCUAGAGAGAUUGCUGAGGAAUACGUCCAGUCGGACCCGGACAUCCAGGCCGAGGAAUUCUUGCAAGACUUCGACUCAAAGUCAAUCAACUUACACUCAACCACUCGCUACAUCUCCCUAUCCGGCCACCCCACAACACUCCAACCAAUGCACCCCUCGCGCCUCUCCCAAUCAGCCCCUCGCUCCUAUUUCGACGGCCUGCUGGACGAAGAUCUCACGGUGGCCAGGCCGAAUCUGGCGCUGUUGGACGAUGCAACUGGCAUCUACAUGCCCACCAGCGAGUACGAGCAUCCGCAGGGCAAUGGUGAAUUCCGCAUGGUGACGGUGACGACUUCGGCUUCGAAGGAGGGAGAGCCGAUAGAGGGGUUGACUAACGGGCUGCUGGAUGACAUGUUCGAUGAAUGGGCGUAAGUGGAAAUGUGGUGAGCGUGGGUCUAUCCUCAGGACGGCCAGCCAUGACAAUGAAAGGGCAUGGAAGCUAGCCGUGGGAGAGGAACCGAAGACAGGCGGACGUCAUCAUCUUGAACAUAUUCCAUGUGUAAUGCAAGUACUGCAAGCAGGUUCGUGGCUCGCGACAAUGCAACGCCGAGGAAACUCUAGUAUAUCUUAAGCUUCACUCUAAGUUCGCAGGCUGCCAGCGCAACCUUUCAUAACAUGUAAUACCGAAUGCGCGCC